AUGCGAUUGCGCCACAUUGAACGGACCGCCACGCUCGCUUGGUCGCCCGGUCAAAGAGACGCUAGUGCCACUGGCGGGCCUUUACUGGCCGCUGGGACCGUCGCCGGCGCCCUCGACGCUUCUUUUAGCACCGCAGCCGAACUGGAGCUCUUUGAUCUUAAUCUGAACUCUAAACAUGGCGCGCCCGGAAGUAAUAAAUUGAGGAGGGUCGGGAACAUUACUACAUCUGCUAGGUUCAACCGACUGGCGUGGGGAUCGAUUCCGGGUGAUGCAGCCCGACCACUCGGGGUGUUGGCGAGUGGAAUGGAGAACGGAGAAUUGAACUUGUGGAACCCUGCCGCCAUCGCAGAGGGUAACGCGCAAAAGGCACUUCUGAUGCGUCACUCUAUACACAAGGGACCAGUUCGCGGUCUGGAUUUCAAUAACGUUCAGGGCAACUUGCUCGCUUCUGGUGCCACUGAUGGGGAGGUCUUCAUCUGGGACUUGACGAAUCCACAAACCCCCUACACGCCCGGCACGCGAUCUCAACGUUUAGAAGACAUCACAACGCUCGCAUGGAACCAGCAGGUCGCAUACAUUCUCGGAACUGGCAGCAACAAUGGAAACACCGUGCUGUGGGAUCUCAGGACAAAGAGGGAAUUGUUUACGUUGGGGCACCCUGGUGGGAGGAAACCUAUCACUGCUGUUGCUUGGAAUCCGUCUGUGGCCACCCAACUCAUCACUGCCUCGGACGACGACAGCGUUCCUACGGUGCUGGUAUGGGAUCUCAGAAAUGCAGCUGCACCGCAAAUGGGAAUGCACGGUCACACCAAAGGAAUCCUGUCCCUGGCCUGGUGCCCAAAAGACUCCGAUCUGCUCCUCUCCUGCGGCAAAGACAACACCACACUAGCCUGGAACCCCAACACCGGUGAGCUAAUUGGAGAACUCGCCCGCACAAACAACUGGUCCUUCGACGUGCAAUGGUGUCCCAAGAACCCAGACCUCGUCGCCGUCUCCAGCUUCGACGGCGCCGUCUCUGUGCACUCUCUUCAGUCCUCGGGAAGCGAAGAGCCGGAAUUGCCUCCUAGUCCUGUUCAUCAGGUCCACAGCGACGACCCGUUUGCGCCGCAGAACUUGAACCCGCCUCAGGCGUACGUUCCAUCCACGUUCGCGUUGCGUCAACCGCCUAAAUGGCUCCGCAGACCCGUAGGAGCCACUUUCGGGUUCGGUGGCAAACUCGUCAGUUUCGACCCCCAGUCCCGCGGAGUGUCCUUCCGAACCGUCGCAACCGAAUCCGCCUUUGCGCACCGUGUCGCGGAACUUGAAGCGGUGCUCGCAGACGAUCAGAUGGAGUCGUACAAGAUCUUUUGCGAACGACGAGCGCUUGCGAAUGAUGAAGGCGAUGCCGUCAAUGAAGCGGACCGCGAGAUGUGGAAGUUUAUGAAGGUUAUGCUCGAAAGCGGGGCGAGGGACCAGGUUGUUGAGUACCUCGGUUUGAACCGCAGCAAUAUCGGUGGGCCAAGGUUGAGUGGGUUGUUGCAGAAGUUGAAAGCGUCUGCUACGACUAAGGAGGAGGCACGCGGCGGAGCAGCGGAUGCGGGACGGAAACAGUCGAUUGCGGGACAGGGGCCUGCGGGUGCGGUACCUACCAACGACCCCGCUCAGCUGAACGGCCUCAACAAAUUGUUUGGGGCAUCUCAAGUCGAGUUCCCCGACAUCCCCCAACCCGACACAGCCGCCCCCGAGCACCCCGCCCCCCCACCAGCCCGUGAACGCCGCCACGACCCCUUCUCCCUCUACCCCACCAAACCAGGCCCGGAAUCCGACGUCGAGAUCCUCCUCACAAAGGCCCUCAUUCUCGGCGACUUUGAGACAGCCGUCGACAUCGCACUCGGCGCCAACCGUCUCGCCGACGCGAUGCUCCUCGCCGUCUCCGGCGGCCCGGAUCUCCUCCUCCGUACCCAACAGGAAUACUUCCGCCGCCAGAAAGAUAAAACCUACGUCCGCGUCCUCCAAUCCGUUGUCGACGGCGAUCUGCAAGAUGUCGUCGAGAACGGACACCUGGACGGCCGCGAGGGGGGUUGGAAGGAUAUCCUCGCGCUGAUCUGCACGUACGCGAAACCGGAGGACGCGGCACAGCUCUUCUCCGCCCUCGGCCGAAGAUUGGAACAGAGCCCCAACACCCCCGACGCAAUCAAACAGGGACCCAAGGAAAACAAGAAAUUCGCCGCGGUGCUGUGUUACAUCGCCGCGGGGGAUCUACAUAAAGUCGUCGAUGUGUGGUCCUCCCGUGAGGUCGAGGAGGAGCACAAAUUGCUCCAGGGCGCCGGGGCCCGGGAACGGAAAGAGGUCACGGCCUACACCUCCCACGUCGUCGCUCUCCAAUCCCUGAUUGAGAAGGUCACCGUGUUCCGCAAAGCUAUCGGGUUCAUCGACCCUGACCUCGCGAACCAAAACCAAGCGCCCACGGGGAUCUUCGACCUGGAGUCUCUGUACGAUCGGUACGCGGAGUACGCUGAGUCGGUCGCGGGACAGGGCAAGCUCGACCUCGCGUGGUCGAUCCUGGAGCUUAUCCCGGCGAGUUUCAGAUGGAGUCCGAGGGAUACGAAACACAGUGGGUCUGAGGACGCGAUCGCGGUGUUGAGGGACCGGGUGUAUAGGAGCGGAGGGGUGCGGAGGCAGGUUGCGCAGGUUCCGGGGUUUCCGUUCCUUUUGCAGGAGGUUGGGGGCGCUGCUGCUCAGCAGCAACAACAGCAACAGCACGGGCAGGCGUAUCAGCAGCACCACCACCAGUAUCAGACCGCGUACCCGCAGCAGCAGGGCGGGUAUCAGGGGUAUUACAACCAACCCGCGACAGCUGCAGCCCCGGUUCAGUCCCAGUGGGGAGCGAGCGCUGGUCAACAACAACCGCAGAUCAAUACCUACACACCUGCGACGGCUUCCGGUGGGUACACCCAGCAACCCCAAUCAACCUACGCCCACCAGCCGACCCAAAGCCAAUUCGGCGGGGGUGGUGGGUACACGCAACAAGCGGUGUCGCAAUAUGAUCAGUACGGCAACCCCGUGAACCAGCAAACGGGGUACUACCAGCAAAACUCGCAGAGCAACUCGCAGAGUAAUCUGUACGGGAAUGUUGGUGCGCCGCCGCCGCCGCCGAUGGGUGGGGAUGGGUUGGGCCCGAGUUUCCAGAGUACGCAGAAUGUUGCGCCGACGACACAUUUCAACGACCCCCCCUUCGUACCCCUCACCGGCCGGCUCGGCGUCAAACCCGCCUCUGUCAUCGCCCCGCCGCCUGCCGCUGGGUCCACCCCCAGCUCGUGGCAACAACAGCCCGCGGGAUACCAGCAACAGCAACAGCAACAACAGCAACCCCCGCCGUCAGGAAUGCUCUCCCCGCCCCCAACGCUCGCCGGGUCACAGCAGGCGACGAACUAUCUGUCGCCGUUUGUUAAUGGGGGACAGGGUGUGGGGCAGGGACAACAGCACCCGCCGGUGCAGAGGUCGACUUCGGUGGCGAGUGUGCGGAGGGGGAGUGGGACGCCUCAGCCCAAGUUUCCACCGGGUGAUCGCUCGCAUAUCCCUGCGGCGCAUAAACCGCUUUAUGACGGGUUGCAGAAGUACAUGGGUAUUUUGAAGGGCGCUUCUACUGCUCCUCAACAGAAACGGGUGUACGAUGAUUCGGAAAAGAAGAUCAAUAUCUUGUAUGAUCAGUUGAAUGCGGAGGAGGUGCCGGCGGAUGUGGUGGGGAAGAUGAUUGAGUUGGUUAAAGCCCUGGACGCGCACGCCUACCCCACCGCAACCAACAUCCAAGUCGACCUCAUGACCACGCGGUACGAAGUCACCUCCAAAUGGCUGCUCGUCGUCAAGCGCCUCAUCGACGCCGCCGAGCGGGCGCACCUCGGGCCGGCCGCUGUCAAUAGCCCUAACCCCGGUGGGCCUGUACAGCCAGCCGGGUUUGGCGGUCCCCAGCAGGGAUAUGGACCACCCCCGACCCAGCAACAACAACAGGGCUUGCCGCCUCCGCCGUUGGGUGUCGGUCCACCGCCCCCCGGUGCGGCGCAGUUGCCCCCGCCGCCGAUGAACAGACCCGGGACGGCGCCUCCUCCACCUACCCAACAACAACAACAACAACAGCAGCAGUACGCGCAACCGCCUCCCCCGCAACACCAUCAACAACAACAGUACCAACCCGGACCCCCGCAGCAGCAACACCAGCAACAACAGCAGUACAUGCAACCCCCACCGCCGCCGCAACAACAACACCACCAGCAGCAGCAGUACAGACCGACCAUGCAGCCGCCCCCGCCGAGCAACCAGCAGCUGCCGUUCGCGGGCUUGCAGCCGCCCCCGCAGCAGCAGCGCGCGGCGCAGCAGCCUGCUAUUCGGUUCGGGAUGUAG